GAUAAUGUCGGAUUUUUUUUAGAAUAUCAACAGAAUAAUGGCUCAGAAGAAUAUUCAACGGAAAUUAACUUUCAAAAGCCAGAAGGAUUUUCAAUCUACCUAUGGAUUAUGAUCUUCGUGCUUGCAAUUAUAUGCAUCUUCAUACUACCAUUAAUGGUUGUGGGUGUAUUAAAAGUGAAACGAUCAAAUCAUGGACAAAACGGAACAGAUACAGACACAGAAAGAGCACCAGAAUUUCUAUAUGAAACAAUAAAUGACACAGGGGUUAUUCGUGCACCGUCGUCAGACUCAUCAAGGUCUAACAUUACUAACUUGAGACCAAGUGAACAUUCUCUCGGGUCUAAAAGGUCUGUUACCUUAUGUAGUGAUUCUAAUAGUGUGCCAAGUCGAUCUUAUGCAACCCAGUUAUCUGUCCAUAUUCCAGACAUAUUUUUCGACAACAAAACUGAUUCUGAAACCUCAAGUACACAAAGCUUAGACAAAACUCUGGGUCUGGUCUAUGAACCUCAGUACAUUAAUGAUUAUCAUACUUGAUUAACUUGGAGGUGGUGACUUCAAAGACGAAUUAUAUAUUAUGAUGAUUGUUCACUUGAUAUAAGCCUCUGUUAAUUGUAUUUGAGUUGACUUGAAGGAAAGUAUACGAAAAUAAUU